GAAGAUGGCGUACCAGAGCCUCCGGCUGGAAUACCUGCAGAUCCCACCCGUCAGUCGAGCCUAUACUACUGCCUGCGUCCUCACAACCGCCGCUGUGCAGUUGGAAUUGAUCACACCUUUUCAGUUGUACUUCAAUCCUGAAUUAAUCUUUAAACAUUUCCAAAUAUGGAGGCUAAUCACCAAUUUCUUAUUUUUUGGACCAGUUGGAUUCAAUUUUUUAUUUAACAUGAUUUUUUUAUAUCGUUACUGUCGAAUGCUAGAAGAAGGCUCUUUUCGAGGUCGGACAGCAGAUUUUGUAUUUAUGUUCCUUUUUGGUGGAUUCUUAAUGACUCUUUUUGGUUUGUUUGUAAGCUUAGUUUUCUUGGGCCAGGCCUUUACAAUAAUGCUGGUCUACGUGUGGAGCCGAAGGAAUCCCUAUGUUCGCAUGAACUUCUUCGGCCUUCUCAAUUUCCAGGCUCCCUUUCUACCCUGGGUGCUCAUGGGCUUUUCCUUGUUGUUGGGGAAUUCGAUCAUUGUGGACCUCUUGGGUAUAGCUGUUGGACAUAUAUAUUUUUUCUUGGAAGAUGUAUUUCCCAAUCAGCCUGGUGGAAUACGAAUCCUGAAAACACCAUCUGUUUUGAAGGCUAUUUUUGAUACACCAGAUGAAGAUCCAAAUUAUAAUCCACUACCUGAAGAGCGGCCAGGAGGCUUCGCCUGGGGUGAGGGUCAGCGACUGGGCGGUUAAAGCAGCAGUGCCAAUAAUGAGACCCAGCUGGGAAAGACUCAAUGACAUGCCCACUGGAUUCUUUUAUGCUUUGUGUUGCAAAAGUGUGGGCACUUUUGACAGCUUGACAGAUUUUAACUCCAGAAGCACUUUAUGAAAUGGUACACUGAUUAAUCCAGAAGACAUUUCCAGCAGUUUACCAGUAGUUCUUCACUACACUGGGAUUGAAAGUAUAAUCUCUUGGAGCCAAAAAACCUGGAGAAGCAAAUGCCCUGCCAACUCUAAAAGUACAUGAGUACUUGAGUUUUAUGGUAUAAGGCAGACUUUUAUUCCUCUUCUUUGAUUGAUGAGGCCAUGGUGUAAAUGGAAUUUUCAGAGAGGACAAAAUAAAACUGAAUUCCAUCUUGCUCUCAUUGAAUUAAA